AUGACGGCAACUCUUCUCAACUGACUCCAUUGGAUUUGAGAUCCUGCUGGUGAAUAUACAACUGAAGCAAAAAAAAAAAAUCUGAUUCGCUUAGCGGUUAAAAUUAUAAUUUAUUCGCGCUGCUUUAUUUUUGUUAACCUUAAACAAUGAUUUGUAGUUUUAUAAGGUGAUUUGAUUCUCCGAUGACGUUGUGUUAAAUGACAAGAAUGGUAUUGAAUUCUAUUGUUAUUAAUACAAUUGCUACAGAAGUAUGUUUACAAACAAAAUCUAAGCCUUGAAAUGUAAAGUGUCGGAAACUGUAGUGUAAAAAAAAAAAAAACUAAAUGAUCCUGAUCUAAGAUUAUGUUCUUGACAAGAAUCUAUUGAAGAGACAUCCAAACCGCAUUAGAUAAAUAAUACUAGCGUGAUACAUUUCUAGCGGCGUACAGAAAUAAUCAGUUGAAUACCUCUACACCUAACCUUGUCUUCCGAGGAAGCUUGUUUGUGUCUGAAAGUUUAUGUAGGUGAAAGAAACCUGUGCAGCUAUGUCAAGAUCCAGUUAUAUUUUGCACUGUUAAAGGGUUUCGAUUCAAACACCAAUGGUACCACAAUGAGCCAUAAACUUAAAGAUGUUUUUCCACUCAUGACUUUGUUCACGAUCAGUCUGGAACUGAUUGGAGGUGCCUUCAGUGAUCAAAACCUCCUAAACUUCCAAAACGUUUCAGAUAAAUCAAUUCUGGACUAUCUGUUAGAACCCGCUAAAUAUGACUUAAGAAUGCGACCAAAAGACCACACGAUCGUGAACGUCACAGUGACAAUUCUAACACUCUCGUCCCCAGACGAAUCCAGCUUGAGAUACGAGGUUGAGUUCCUGUUGCAUCAAGUUUGGGAAGACCCUCGUUUGAAAUAUAAGGACGGAGGUAGGCAUAGAUAUUUGAAUGCACUAACGCAUGCUGGGAAGAUCUGGCUACCAGAAACGUAUUUUAUAAAACAUGGCGAUUUCAAGUAUCCACUAGUUCCCGUCCACAUUACUCUCCGUGUGACUCCAGAAGGCUUUGUCCAUUACACCCAAAGGAGAGAGAUGGUUAUAAACUGUCAAGGAAACUUGAGAAUAUUCCCAUUUGACAAUCCAAAGUGUCCUUUUGCCUAUGAAAGUGUGUCCAGUGAAAACACACAAGUACAGUUACAAUGGUCCCCUUCGGAGCAAAAUAUAAUCAAUGCAAGUUCUCUGAGACAACAUAACGCCUACCUAGUGAAGAAUGAUACUGGCGACUGUGAUAGAAGAUAUACUUGGAGAGAUGAAUACAGCUGCUUAAAGGUAUUGCUUGUCUUUACCCGAGACAAGUCCUUUUACUUCAGCACCGUCUUUGUCCCGGGAAUCAUCCUGGUUUCCAGCUCCUUCAUCAGCUUCUGGUUAGAUAUCAACGCUGUGCCUGCUCGUGUUAUGAUAGGUGUGACGACGAUGUUGAACUUCUGCACCACCACUAACAGCUUCCGGUCAACUUUACCAGUCGUGUCCAGUAUAACUGCCAUGAACAUGUGGGACGGAGUGUGCAUGUUUUUUAUCUAUGCCUCCAUGCUAGAGUUCAUAACCGUGAACUAUCUCCACAGGAAACGGCCCAAUCAUCAGUCGGCAACGAGUCGUCCUGUUUCAGCAGGUACCCAGCUCGUGACGGAGACAAAUCGAGCCAAUUCUGCAUCGGCCCAAGUAGGUCGCAAGUUUGGGAAAUAUGGGGUGGGCAGCGCUCACAAGGUUGGGCAUGAAGAAAACAACCACGAGACUAACAACAAGCAUUCAGAGGUUCCUGCGUUCGACGACAAUCGACUCGAUGGAGUGAAGGCCAGAGCUGCUGCAUCUAUCUUUGCCUGGUUACGUCGACCUCAAACCUUAGAGUCAGAAGUGGGAACUUGUCCAAAACUUGCCAAGAAGAUAGACAACAUUUCCAAAGUAGUGUUUCCGCUGUUGUUCUUCUCUUUUGCCUUCUGUUUUUUCCUAACGUAUGCCGUGAUUGAACCAAUGCAAGAGGAGAACUGGACUCUCACUCAGUAGUAUACAGAGCUGGUGUCUACAUCUUGUGAUACGCAGAUUAUCACCCGGAUUAGAUUACUGGCAGACAAAUGCUGGCAUUCUAAUUAGUGUGUUUCUGUCGGCCGUAACUGAAUUAACUGAGGUUUUUCUUUCUUCAUUCCCAGCAAUCUACUCAAAGAGUAAAUCACUUCAAUAGUGCAGGGUCUGUGAUGUUCCAGUUAGGGGCAGUCAUUGCGAUUCUGCUCUAGAACUGCUAUAACUUAGAAGUAUACGUUUUUAUUCAUCAGGUGCCUAUACGUUGCAUUCACUCGCAUAGUAGCAUGAACUAGGUGGCCAUGUAUAAUAUUCACUUACUAUAUCAGCUAUUUAUUCAUUAUUCAUAAAUCACUAUUAGCCACAGUCUGUAAGUAAAAUACGCGUGGUCAAUGUAGCUACAAAGGGUAUUGUCUGGCAGUAAUUAAACGCUAAGUAGUGGGCAACAUAACGUUCAAACAAUUUCCCCAGAAAUACUUCAAACCCUUGAAAAUACCCAAGUAUUAGAGACUUAAGUUAGUUUUUCGGUCAUUUAUUUUUCUUGUAUAGUUCCUUCGGGAUAAUCGUAAUUGUCAGGGAAAAUUAGCUUAUUUUAUUACAAUUUUAUCGUGUAUGUUAUUAAAUGUAUAUAUUAACUUAUUUUUCAAAAGGCCAAAAUGUUACAAUUGUAAUCGAAUUCGUUUUAUUUAAUUAUCAUCUUUGUUUUAGAUUUACGGUAUCAGAAUGAAAUGGAACUCUAUUGCACUCAAAGUAUAUCUGUAGUUUAAUUUGGCAAGUGUCGUUUCUGAAAUGACAGUAAAUAAUGACAUAAAAUCAGAAAAGUCUCUUUUUUUUUUACCUGCGGAAUGUAUACGUGGUAAUAAAUUGGCGGGAAUAUAAAACAUCUUUAUUUAUUUAAUGUUUAUUAGUCAGUGGUUUGUUAAAUGAUAUUGUGAGUGAUUUCCUUAAAAAUAACCUGUAAGUGCAUAUUGUUCGUUUGCUAACUCGUAUACCAUAAACUGAUAUAAAUGAGCACCUAGCAACUAUAAUUGCAAUAAUGUAAUAACUGACACGAUUGUCGAAACAAUCCUCCUUAAAAAGUGUUUACUAAGAAUAUUUCUUUUGCUGUGAAAAGUUUCUUGUAUUCUUGUUGGCAAGGCUCGAAGGAUAGCCAACGUUUAACUAGAACAUGGUAAUUCUGGGAAACGGUCAAACGAUAACCGACUAUUAGCUAGAUAAAGGUUGUUGAUGGCAAUGGUCAAAGCAUAGCUGAUUUUUAGACAAUUAAAGGUCGUUAUCGGCAAGGGUUAGAGAAAACCAACUUUAAACCAGAUAAAGGUCGUUGUUAGCAAGCGUCAAAGGAUAGCCAAAUUAAACUAAAAAGCCGUUGUCAGCAAAGGUCAUAGAAUAGCCAACUUUUAGCCAGACAAAGAUUGAUAUUCGUUAGAGUCAAGGGAUAACCAACUUUUAGCAAGAUAAGGUUCGCUAUUGGCAAGGGUAAAAUGAUAAACAACUUUUAGAGAGAUAAUGGUUGUAAAAAAAAGUAAUAAUCAAGGCAACUUUAUGCCAGAUAAAGGUCAUUGUUGGUAAAAGUUCAAGUACAGCCAGAUUUUAGCUAAUUAAAGAUCAUUGUUGGUAAGGGUUAAAAGAUAGUCAACCUUUAACCAGGUUAAGGUCGUUAUUGACAAGGGUCAAGAAAAGCCAGCCUCAAGUUAGAAUUAAAAAAGUUCUUUUUUUUUGCUAAAGUAACACGAAAAUUAACCUUUGUCCAAAUAAAGACAGUUCUUGGAAAUCGUUAAGGAAAAGGCAGUUUUGUAGCAAAAUAAAAAUAGUUGUUGGAAAAAUGUCAAAGGAUAGCCAGAUAAAGUUAGUUAUUGACAAUGGUCAAAAGAUAUCCAACUUUCAGACAGAUGAAGAUCAUGGAUCAAAGGAUGACCAACAUUUCAAGAAAAGUGAAGGUCUCAACGUAGAAGCGUGUAUGUUAAUUAAAGCUUCAGAGCCUAUUAUGUUUUAAUUUACUAGCUGGAAGUAUUCAGUGAUUUAAUUCUAAUAAUUAAAACGCUUCUGAAUAAGAAUCUUUGUGUGUCCAAUAAAUAACAGUGAAAGCAUAGGAAGGUAAUAAAAUGAGGACGUCAUGUUUAGUUGUGCUAUCAAAAUACUAAAUGUGCGUGUAAAUGUUACAAACCCUACUGAUAUAUAGCUGCAAUAUAUCGUCAAAACGUGAUAAAACUAAACAAUAACAUUGCAGUGAUAGAAUCGUGUUAAAAGACAUUCAGUUAGGUAUAGUUAAUCAGAACAAUAAAAGACAAAACAUAGCGUACAAAACAGUUAUCACAUGUUCGUGUAAGGGUGAUUGGAAAGGAUGCAGGAGCAUCGAUAUUAUUUAUCUGUCAUUUGUUUCUAUGUUUAACGAAAGCCAUGGUUUUAAUGACAGCUAUUGGCUAGUGCAUCUAUACGCGUAAAUCUUAUGUAUCUCUACUAAAUAACGUACUUUGCCUAUACAUAUUCUGACUUCUAGGACACUCAUUAUGCGAAUACGAGCAACAAACUUAAGCCUUUUCCCGAAUUGAAAUGACAUCAAACGUUACUAGCCCUAGUCUACAACAGACAUUUAUGUGGAACGUUUGAUAAAAUUUAGUGAAUCGUAUGUAUUUUUAGCAGUUGCGAAAAUGAAGAAUAUUUUUUGCGAUCUUCGUUCAACAAUAACUAUUUGAUAACAUACCUUAAGCCCAAAUGUGCAUGACUCUUGCACAUACCCUUGAUAUUAACCAUUCUACUCUCAUUCUAGCACUUAUUUUUUAUACCUGUGAUACACGUGCUUUGUAUCUAGUUGGUUUGUCUUGUGCAAUAUAUUCGGAUUAUCUGAAACUUCCAACAGAGAAGCUUAAACUCAGCCUUAAGUUGUACUGGAGCUCUGUGGUAAACCUAAUUGAUAACGCUCUCGCAUUCCAGCUUGCGAUUUAUACGAAGCUAUCACUUCAAUUACAACUGUUCUUAACACACCGAAGCACUGAUAACGUAUUUCGGUUCAAAAUGGUCUAUAUUAAUAUAUAAACAGUUCGCCGUAUGGAUUCCAAAAUAAAGAUUAAGAUACAGAGGGGAAAGACGUCAAUAUUUAAGAAACAACUUAGCCAGGAACAAACCUCAGUGUACAUCAGUAUUUGCGUAGCGUUUUUGUAUCUAUUCCUGUUUCCAUAGUCUUUCUUACAAUGCAACUUUCAGGAAUAAUUGUGUGUAUAUAUAUGUAUAUACUGUUUUCAAUGGUCUUCUAUAGCAUCAAUAUAAUUGGUAUAAGAAAGAUUAUUGUCUGGCUAUUCUUGGACAUUAACUAAAGAACUUGGUAGAAUAUACUUUUAUUCUGCCAAAAUCAGUGCCAAACCAGAAUGAUCUUUAUAAGCUUCCCACACUUUUAAAUGUAUUAAGUCUAAAAUAACAAUAAUUCGACUUUAUUUUGUAAAAAAGGGUGUAAGAUCCUUUUCGAAGCUAAGUUGAAUUUAUCACGGAAAUGUACUUCUUGUGAGUAAUGUCACCUUUCAGACAAGCAACUUUAAUUGCAGAAAAAAAAGUAUAUCAUUAAUUAUGUACAACAUCUGGAAAGCUAAGAGUGUGUUUUUGUGUGUUGAAGAAAUUUAAGAGAAUAUGUAUUAGUAGGCAUUAUGCUCUCACUGAUCCUCCAUAGCAGUGACUAAACUAUGCCAGCACUUUAAUGAAUAAAUGUCUUCUUCGUUGAGUCCUUAAAUCUUUACCUCAUCCAGUAUAGGUGUAGUUAGAAUAUGUUCUUCACAUAAUGGUAUCUACUGCUCUCUGACCCGAAAGUUAUGAGCCUAAAAUCAUAUUGUGCAAGGGUUAUGUAACCUGAAAUUCUAUAACCCCACAUCAAUACGAGUACAUACACUUUUGUGUGAACUACAGUUUACUCAAGGCAAGUAAAACUGCUCUUCGAUCUCACUAGUUACACUGACUUAAACUCUAAAUGACUUUGUUUACAUAACGUUUCAUGAGGACCAUACGAGUCCAAUUGUUAUUGACAAGGAGUUGAAGAAGAGAAGAAAAAGUGAAGAAAUAUUGUCUUCAAUUGUAGAAACAAAUAAAAGAAAACUCGCCAAAGUUUAUUGGAAAGAAAAUUUCAUGAAAUACCAAAGUUGGAAAGAUCAUGUAAUGUUACCAAGGCUACACAAGUGGCAUUUCGCAUGUCGAUAACUUCGUCAAUCAUAUACAUCAUGUACUAGUAGAAUCCUACUUUUUUCUUAGAAGGAAGCUAUUGUUGUCCCAUUCAUGUUGAAAACAUUGAAGUAAUACUAUUGAGACUCUUUACUUAUGAUUUUAUUAUAGACUACUAACGAUUUGUGUACAUUAGGUACUAUAUUCUACUCUCCUCAUUCCUAAAACUUAGAUUAUUGUGCUUGUAACACCCAGACAGUGUGUUCACUCUUUGUGACUGAUAAUCUAUUAUUGAUGAAUAAUUAUGUAAGGUGGUACACUGUACUAUAGAAUUUUCUUUUGUUGAAAUGGCACUUGGUACCCUUUCGCUUUUAUAGAAAAUUUCCGAAAUUGUAUUAACGAUGAGCUCGUUGUAAUAGGCCUAGAAUAUUUCCACUUCAAUUAAAUAUAUGUCUUGCCUCAAAUGCCUCUUUCUUGGAAAUUUUGCGAAAUGAUCUACUAAUAGGGUUAAAAAUUUCUUAAUACACCUUAACACAAUAUAUAUAUAUAAUACCUUUUUUCUGUGCUUUACAUUUUGGUGUUACUUCUUCGUGACUAGCGAAUAUUAUAAGGAAUUUUACUAAUGCAUGUUGUUGUUUUUUAUAGAAAAUCGAUAGUUUGUAUAUUUAAUUUGCAUAUUUUAGUUUUGCUUAAGUUUUAACUCUUUAAGCGAUAAACUAUGGUUAAUCCGGCCCCCGAGUUACUGACUUUAAUCACGUCUGUAAAUAAUUUAUUGACUUUUCUAAUCCAGAAAUGUAUCAAGCAACAGAAAUACCGUUUUCUUACUCCUAUAGAAAAAAAAAGUUUACAAUGAUAGUUAUUUUUGUCGGCAUUCUCCAACUGUUACGUAGUAGACACAAUUCUCAAUAGAUACAAAUAGCUUCUUUGUCAUAUGUUUCUUAACUGCUAAUUUACAAAUUUACCCUAGAAAAAGAUCGAUAAUUCAAUAAUUCUAUGUAUUACUUAGAACUACGAUAGAUAUUAAUGUAAAUUCUCUUUCCUAAUACUAUAGAAAGUAUUUCUUACGAUCUGUGAUGAUUCUGUUAAAGAAAGGAGAGCUUGGUUUAUUCUAUUAUGGCUCUGAAAAAAAAAAUGUAUUUACAUCCAUUUAAUAUAGGCCAUACUUCAUGUCGUAGGAUCUAUUUUAAGGUAAUUUUGAACAUUUCGGCGUUAAUAAGCUAGAAACGUGAGUAAUAUCAAUAUUUCAGCUCGAAACAAAACAACAUCGAUUAUAUGAAUGUUUUUUCGUUCGGUAAUUAUGAAAAAGAUAUGUGUGAAUGGUUUUAAAUCAAACUCAUCAGACAUCCGUAGCAUAAAGAUUAUGGAGAUAGUUGUCAAGAAGUUUUGAAUUUUGAAAGUGGCCAAUAAAUAAACAUCGAGGAAUUAACAAUUACUCUUCAAGAUAUCGAACCUGCUCGUUAAGAACUUGAAAGAUAUGGAACUUCACUGCUGGAUAUCAACUAGGCUGGAGAGAUAUAGAUCUCUACAGAAUGUUGAGCACAGUUAAAGCUGGAGAACUGUGAAACGUGUUAUCGACUAGGCUAAAGAGACAGCGAUCUCUACAGAAUGUUGAGCACAGUAAAAGCUGGAGAACUGUGA